UUGAGUGAAAACAAAGAUGGAGGUCAAUCAAAUAAAGUCGGCGUAUUGAAAUUGGUAUAUCUACCACACGUAUGAACUAAUGGAUAUAUAAGUUGGCGCGAACGCAGCAAGGAAAUGCAAUCUAUUAUCGGAUACGGUCGUCACUUCUUCAGACUCUUCGCAACGAGCACAGAAUUCAAAACAAAACAACAAUCGUGCGAGCCUUUGAAGUUUGUGACGGGAUGCUCCGGAUUUUCUAAAUCUUUGUCACCAGGAGGAACGAUCAUAGGUUCAAAGAAACUCGUCUUUGGGGAUGAUGCCUAUUUUAUUGCUAGAAAUGCUCACACUGACGUAAUAGGUUUAGCAGAUGGUGUUGGGGGUUGGAGAAAUUAUGGGAUUGACCCUUCUUUGUUCUCCUCGUCGCUGAUGCGAGCAUGUGAGAGAUUGGUAAAAAGUGGCCAAUUCAAGCCUCAACAUCCAGCCAAUCUCAUCCAUGACAGCUACCAGGAAAUUCUGGCCCAGAAGUUUCCAUUGAUCGGUGGUAGCACUGCCUGUGUUGUAGCUCUACACAAAGCCGAGAAUAUGAUAUACACAGCCAAUCUUGGAGACAGCGGGUUUCUGCUGAUCCGAGAUGGGGAGGUGGUGCAUCGAUCAGAAGAGCAGCAGCAUUACUUCAACACACCAUUCCAGUUAACAGUUGCACUCCCUGAACAAGAGGGGCUUGUACUUAGUGACAGAGCUGAGUCAGCCCAUAAAAGCUCCUACAAGGUCCAGGAAGGCGACAUUCUACUCAUGGGGACGGACGGCCUUUUCGACAAUAUGCACGAAGACAUGAUUGUUGAUUACAUAUCAAAAUACAAGGAUCACAAAGAUGCGUCUAAAGUCACUGCCAGCACAAUUGCAGAGAGGGCUCAUGACUUAUCGUUUGAUCCGGACUAUAUGUCACCCUUUGCUCUAGCAGCGAUUGACUCAGGCAUAGAAUUGCGAGGUGGGAAACCAGAUGAUAUUACUGUGAUAGUAGCUAGAGUAUCAUCCGACUCAGUCACUUAGCUGCCUAGGACAAAAUCAUCGGCAUUCUAGCCCAGUAUCAUUCCCAUGUGAGGAGAUCAGAAGCGAGGUCCGACACUGGAUAAUAAAACGCAUGGCUUGAAUUGAGGAUAUAUGUUAAGUGACAUGAAAAGAAUGUAAUUGAGGAGACUCAAGAAGUCUGGUGUCAUAGUCACUCAGUGUUGUCAAAAGACUACAGUUUUAUUGGAUAAUAUGAGGAUGUUAGCUCAAAGCAUAUACAUACAUCUUAUCGUUUCUAUAAUAGUUAAUUGACUAGCACUUUCUGUUAGCAAAAUGCUGUUAUUUUGGGAAAUGAAUGCAGCCAGAGUCAAGCAUGGCCGGUGUGAAGCAUAACAACAGAAAUUAGUAAAAUAAAUUUUUGAAGAACACUUCCAUAAAGGUCGCUAAAAUGUAAAGUCGGAAACACCAAUUUAUAAUAUAUUAAUAUAAUAUUAUGCUCUCUAGUCAAAAGUACUGGCAUAUUUAAAUUUCAAAAACAUGUAAGUUUACCAGUCAAGCUACAAAAACAGACACCAUUUAGGUAACAUAAACACCAAUUCAGUUAUUUUUUCCACUCAGUAUAUGCUCACUGUUUAGAUAACAAACAAUACAGUGAGAUGAUGAUAUGUCAGUAUCUAGUUUUAUCUUUGAUCUGUAUGUUAAUUUCAACAUACCUUUUCUUUCAAUUAUUUUUUCCUUGUAUUAAAGUAAUGUCCUCUCAGUUUUUGGCAUACAACUUGCUAAUGAAGUUAUGGCACCAGUUUCACGAUUUUUUUUUUUAAAUAAUUACUAACUUAAUCAACCCAUUUUACGACAUUACAGCCUGGCACGGUUCAAAUUUCAAAAUAUUGAAUGUUUCUUCUGUGUUUGAAUCAUAUUCUUUCAUCGGUUCUGUUAGUUUUUUGAAGAAUUUGUAAUAUAGUAAGUGAUGUACUUGUAAGGUUACUUAUAUAUAUAUAUUUAAGGUUGUACUCAACUGUUCUUUUGUGUAUUAAUUUUGAGCACACAAAAAUGGUUUAAAGAAUUUGAACAUAAAUCAAAAUGUGGGAUAACCAGAAUUCUAUUUCUUCUUUAAACAUUAUAUAUAUAAAUAUAUUAUUUAAUUAUAUAUAUGUUAAUGAUUUUUUGGAAACUGGGUACAAGGGCCAUGCUUAUGAAUGGUCUCAAGUUUGUGUUCAAACUGUGGAAAGUGGAAAGAUCAUUGUAACUUGCUGACUAGUUGUGAUUUUUUGAUGAAUUUUACCUUGUUAUAACUAUUUUAAAUUGUACAUUUUUUAUUUCAUUUUGUAAAACAAACUUAACAUAGAUGAUUAUUUGUAAUUUAAUUAAAGUGAUGUUGUUUUAGUCUAUAGCAGUCAUCGAAAUUCUAUUUUGUGAUGAACAAGCCCGAAUUCUUAUACUACUGCUUGGCAUUACAUUUUUGAGCAAGCCCUGCUGUAUUAAACUCAGAGUUUGAGCAAGCCCGGAGAGCAUUUUACAAAUGUAGGGCUUGUGGGCUCGGCCUAAUUUCGACCACUGCUAUAGUCAGACUCGACUGUUUAUAAUCAUGAGUCCAGGUUAUGGUAAAAAGUUUUUACAGUGUGUGCCAUAGGAGGUAUGUGGAAGUCUAGCCAAAGAUCUGGACUAUUCCAGCAAAAAUGAGCUUGAAAAUCAUGUGUUAUGACCUAUGGAGUUGUCACAAAACUAGUUGUCUUGAUGUUAGUUGAAAGAAUGUUAUUGUUGAUGUUCAAACUUUUUAGUCAUACUAAACAAAAGUGGUUUUGAAUUAUUUUGUGUCAUAAUUGUAUCAUAAAUGAUAAUUAAACUUUUUUGAUUCACCUGCACCUUAUAUUUAACAGAUCUAUACAUUUUUAUUGGAAUGCUUUCAAAAUGUUACCAUAAUUGAAUUUAAAUGUAUUUAAUUUGGUAUGUUGUACAUAUACAAUACAUGUUGAUUCUGUUUAAAUUCACUGUAUAGAUUUUUUUCUGUAUAUUUUGUAAGUGUUCAAAAAUCUUUAAACUGUGAUAUUAAUGUUUUUAAUGUAUACUGUAAAAUGUAGUCAUUUCUUUGCUUAGAUCAAACCUACUUAGGCUUUGGUGAUUAAAAUCAUUUAAUUUAAAUCCUUUUUACUUAUGGUUUAUUUUUAGACAAUACAUGUUUGCAAAAUGAAAUGUGCACAAUCAACUUCUUGUGGACAACAAUUUUCAACACGGACACUGGAAUAAUUUGAGUUUAUUCUCAUAAAGGUACAAAAAAUUGUCCAGUUAGAUGGUAGAUCAUAAACACUUAAGUUAUUUUUAAUAUACCUACCUGAUCUGUAAAGAUAUCCAAUAUCAUAAGUCUUACUUGUUCUUUGAAGUUAACUAUUCUUACAAAAGGGAAUUUAAGAUACAUGUAACAUGAAAGUUCUAAAUUACAACUUGUCAAGACUAGACUAAAGAAAUGAAACCAUAUCCCCUUCCGGCAGAGCUGUGGGACCAAUCUUGAUUCAUUGCUGGUCUUGUGGCAUGUUUGGUACAACAUUACAUUUUGGCAAAUAUUCCAUCCACUGGUUUGGGUAAAAUUCCUCUGUUAGCUUCAAACUUUUAUGUGACAGGGUCAAGCCGUAAGGGCCCGGGCAGACCUUUAUAGAAUUAUUUUUAUUUAUAUUUAAACUGUAGCUUAGUUAGAAACAUAAAAAUAGCUUAACUUAAAUAGCAUACCUUUGUUUUUGAUUGUUCCGAAUAUUUGAAUAUUUUUAAAAAUUUAAUAGAUUAAUUAUCACACUAAAGCAGGAACUAUAUAACUGCAUAAAGAAGUAGAAGCGGUUAUUGAAUUAUUGCAUUAAGGUGAUGAUUUAAUGUUUUCCAUUGCCAUUAGAUUGUUCAGCAACAUAUAAGGCUCCAUCAUAACUGUCUUAGUUUGACGUUCCAAGUCUUCAGUCGAAGCCUUUGCUGAAUUUACACAACAAUGCUAGAAAAUACAACCAAACUUUAUCAGAACAAUUGAUAUACCCAAAAAAUUUGAUUCAUUGUAAACAGACACUUGAUGUUUCUUUGAAAAGAAAUGUGUCUGUCUGAGAUCUACUCCUGUCCAAAGUAUAGCCCUUUGUGUGCCGGUAGGUAAUUGGAAAUAUGUCACACAUUGAACAUAUGUUUAUAUAUAGAUAUAAAUACAAUUUUAUUAUUAGAGCUAAUAUUGUUCUGUAUCACUAUGCAUGGUUUUAAUUGUGGUACUAACUAGUGGUACUGUGUAUUUGUCGAUGUUUAGCAUGGAUACACUGAUGUGUCAACACAUCUGCAAAUUAUCAAUCACUUUUUGAGAAAUUUGUAGCAGACUGGUGUGCCAGACAAAAAUACCAUUUUUCUUGAUUCUUCAAAUUGUGAAACAUAAACAAGAACAUUAGAUUUUUUUUUUAAAUAGCUGGAUUUAAAAUAAAGUUGUAAAAUAAUUGAUCUAUAAAUGUUUUUCUUCCAUUGUAGAUUAACUGUCCCACAGCUUUGUUUUGUGUUUUCAUUUCUACAGAGACUGCUCAGUUUUCCCCCCAAGUUCCAAUCAAUAAAUUGUACAUAUAUUUGUGCUGAUAAUAUUUUUUUGUCAUAUUAUCCAAGUACCCGGUAAACAGGAUUGUUGGAUGUGAUGUUAUUGAAAAAAGAUGAUUAAAAAUAAUGGAAACAUA